UACUCAUCAAGCUAUACAAAAAAAUAGAGGAGACUUCUGCCUAACUCUAGUCUUGACAAGGGAAACAGAUAGGAAAAACGUAAAUUGACAAGGGUGUUCCUAAUUAUGCAAAGACAACCUGAAAAUCUGCUGCCGUGGAUUAUAGAGAGUGAAACAGAGAGGUAGAGAGUGAGUGAGGGAGCAAACCAUUUAGCAUGGGUUGCUCGUUAUCUGGUUUAAAUGCUCUUUACGAUGCUGUUAAUGGUGGAGGAGAUGUUUGGAUCAAUGAGAAUCGUUUUCGAAUACUAAAACAAAUUGGUGAAGGUGGGUUUGCGUAUGUUUAUCUGGUUAAGGAAAUUGGUACUGAAUCAUCUUCUAGUGGUGCUGGUUUCAGAAAAAAAUUCAAAGACCCUUCUCUUAUUUCAGAUGAUGGCACUUAUGCAAUGAAAAAAGUUCUGAUUCAAAAUAAUGAUCAAUUAAAUUUGGUGAAACAGGAGGUUCAUGUUUCAUCUAUGUUUAGCCAUCCCAAUCUACUUCCUCUUCUUGAUCAUGCUAUAAUCGCAGUUAAGGCUCCUGAAGGAAAUAGCAGUCAUGAAGCAUAUUUGUUAUUCCCAGUGCAUUUGGAUGGAACAUUACUGGACAAUUCCGUUACUAUGAAAAGUAAAAAGGAGUUCUUUUCGACCAGCGAUGUUCUUCAGAUAUUUCGACAGCUUUGUGCAGGCCUAAAGCAUAUGCACAGCUAUGACCCUGCAUAUGCACAUAAUGAUGUCAAACCAGGAAAUGUCCUUAUCACUCACAGGAAAGAGCAACCGCCCCUUUCCAUAUUGAUGGAUUUUGGAAGUGCUCGGCCUGCAAGGAAGCAAAUUCGUUCACGUUCUGAAGCACUACAAUUGCAGGAAUGGGCGGCCGAGUAUUGUUCUGCACCAUUUCGAGCUCCAGAGUUGUGGGAUUGCCCUAGUCAUACUGAUAUAGAUGAGAGAACAGAUAUUUGGUCUCUUGGAUGCACUUUGUAUGCAAUCAUGUACGGGAUGUCCCCGUUUGAGUAUGUGCUUGGGGAAUCAGGAGGAAGUUUACAGUUAGCAAUUAUAAAUGCACAAGUAAAAUGGCCUGCUGGGCCUAAACCACCUUAUCCAGAAGCUCUCCAUCAGUUUGUAACAUGGAUGCUCCAGCCUCAAGCUGCAGUUAGACCCAGUAUUGAUAAUGUUAUUAUUCAUGUCGACAAAUUGAUCUCCAAAUUUUCUUCUGUGUAGGCUUGAAAUUGUUUCUUUGUUGUGUAUGGACUCAUAAAGAGUUUCUAUUUUUUUUAAAAGAAAAGAAAAAGAAGAAAGAGUUUAAACUGAAUCAAGAGAAGCAUCUGUCAGAAAUAACACUUUUUCAUGACUAAUAGAGUUGUUUAUACA